AUGCCCCUGUUCUCACUGAAUCCCCCAGUGCUUACCAAAGCCCUCAGUGCUCACCAAAUACCCCAGUACUCACCGAAUCCCCCAGUGCUCAGCGAAUCCCCCUGUGGUCACCAAAUCCCCCUGUUUGCACCGAAUCCCCUAAUGUUCACCGAAUCCCCCUGGGCUCACCGAAUCCCCGGAUCUCACCGAAUCCCCCUGUUCUCAUCGAAUCUCCCAGUGCUCACCGAGUCGCCCUGUGCUCACCGAAUCCCCCUGUGCUCACUGAAUGCCCAAUCCCCCUGUUCUCAACGAAUCUCCCAGUGCUCACCAGGUCGCCCUGUGCUCACCGAAUCCCCCUGUGCUCUCCAAAUCCCCCAGGGGACACCGAAUCCCCCAGUGGACACCGAAUCCCCCUGUGCUCACCGAAUCCCCCAGUGCUCACCGAAUCCCCCAGUGCUCACCGAAUUCCCCUGUGCUCAACGAAUCCCCCUGUGCUCUCCGAAUCCCCUGUUUUCACCGAAUCCCCCUGUUCUCAUCGAAUCUCCCAGUGGUCACCGAAUCCCCCUGUGCUCACCGAAUCCCCCUGUGCUCUCCGAAUCCCCCAGUGGUCACCGAAUCCCCCUGUGCUCACCGAAUCCCCCUGUGCUCACCGAAUCCCCCAGUGCUCACCGAAUUCCCCUGGGCUCACCGAAUCUCCUUGUGCUCACCGAAUCCCCCUGUUCUCACCGAAUCCCUCAGUUCCCACCGAAUACCCCAGUUCUCAACAAAUUCCCCAGUGUUCACCGAAUCCCCCCAUGCUAA